AUGUACGAAGUAUGAAUUAAUUUUAUGUGUAUAUACUUCUCUUUUACUGUAGCUGAUUAAAGUCUUUAGGUGUAAAGACAAUCUCAUUUCUGUAGGGCCCUACACCGGCUCUUACAUAGUGCAAAAACCAAAACCAAACCAGUUGCCAUCAAGUUGGUUCAGAAUCAUGCCGACCCUGUGUGUUUCAGAGUAGAACUGUGCUCCAUAGGGUUUUCAGUGGCUGUAGUCUUCCGGAAGUCCAUCUCCAGGCCUUCUGAAGUGCCUCUGGGUAGGUUCAAACCACCAACUUUUUUGUUGGUAGUGGAGUACCACCUGGGCCCCAUAAAUCCUAAAGGAGAGAAGGAAAGAAAUACUAAUUUGCAUUAUUCAAAAGCACCCAAACUGCUGGUGAUAGAUGUAUAUAUACUAUGAAGACUGUCUGGAUUCAUUGUUCCAUUUCAUCUUUUUUAUUUUUGCUUCAGGAUGCAUGUCACGUUCACAGAGGAAGUACUCCCUUCAGCCCAUCCUGGAGAGGAAGAUUCCAAAUCGAUACUUGGGCCAGCCCAGCCCCCUUACACACCCACACCUCCUGAGGCCAGGAGAGGUGACGCCAGGACUAUCCCAGGUGGAAUACGCGCUUCGCAGACACAAACUAAUGUCUCUGAUCCAAAAGGAAGCACAAGGGCAGAGAGGGACAGACCAGACAGUGGUUCUGCUGUCCAACCCUACAUACUACAUGAGCAACGAUAUCCCCUACACUUUCCACCAAGACAACAAUUUCUUGUACCUGUGUGGAUUCCAAGAGCCCAAUAGCAUUCUGGUCCUGCAAAGCCUCCCUGGUAAGCAGUUACCAUCACACAAGGCCAUGCUCUUUGUGCCUCGGAGAGACCCUAGUCGAGAACUUUGGGAUGGCCCACGAUCUGGCACCGACGGAGCAGUAGCUCUAACUGGAGUGGACGAAGCCUAUCCACUAGAGGAAUUUCAACAUCUAGUACCAAAACUGAGAGCUGAGACAAAUAUGGUUUGGUAUGACUGGAUGAGGCCCCCUCACGCACAGCUUCACUCUGAAUACAUGCAGCCUCUGACUGAAGCCAAAGCCAGGAGCAGGAACAAAGUCCAGGCUGUCCACCAGCUGGUGCAGCGCCUCCGGCUGAUCAAAUCUCCUGCAGAAAUUGAGCAAAUGCAGAAUGCUGGGAAGCUGACAUCACAGGCUUUCAUAGAGACCAUGUAUAGCAGCAAAGUCCCUGUGGAGGAAGCCUUUCUUUAUGCCAAGUUUGAAUUUGAAUGCCGAGCUCGUGGCGCAGACAUCUUAGCCUACCCACCUGUGGUUGCUGGUGGUAAUCGUUCAAACACUUUGCACUAUGUGAAUAAUAAUCAACUCAUCAAGGAUGGAGAAAUGGUGCUUCUGGAUGGUGGUUGUGAGUCUAACUGCUACGUGAGUGACAUCACCCGCACCUGGCCUGUCAACGGCAGGUUCACUGCACCUCAGGCAGAACUCUAUGAAGCUGUUCUAGAGAUCCAGAGCGCUUGUCUGACCCUCUGCUCCCCUGGGUCAAGCUUGGAGAACAUUUACAGCAUGAUGCUGACACUGAUAGGACAGAAACUUAAAGAGUUGGGGAUCGUGAACAAUAAGAAAAAUGAUGCAUUCAAGGCUGCUCGAAAAUACUGCCCUCACCAUGUUGGCCAUUAUCUUGGGAUGGAUGUCCACGACACUCCCGACGUGCCCCGUUCCCUCCCUCUGCAGCCUGGCAUGGUAAUCACAGUUGAGCCAGGCAUUUAUAUUCCAGAGGAUGACAGAGAUGCCCCCGAGAGGUUUCGUGGUCUCGGGAUACGAAUUGAGGAUGACGUAGUGGUGACUCAGGACUCACCCCUCAUCCUUUCUGCAGAUUGCCCCAAAGAGAUGAGUGACAUUGAGCAGAUCUGCAGCAGGACCUCGUGACCCUCAUCACAGCCCUCAUGCAUCUCAGGUUCCUCCAGAGGGGUGUCCGCCGGCACCCACGCACGUGUGCUUUCUGAGUGUCGCUGUGUGUGCACUGAUACACGGCUCCCAUGUGGGAAUGCAGCAACUGUAUGAGUGUAUGUGAUAGUGUCGGGUGGGGGGGUUUGUUGUUGUUUUAAGCAGAUGGAAAUCUGGAAGGCUGAAUUUUUCAACUGUAUAUUACUACAGCUUUAGUAACAUUAAUUCUGGAGAAUUAAUGACCCGGGCAGGUUUACUUUUAAAUGUAAAGAAAGGUCUUGGUUACAUGUGUCUGUGCAUUCCAGUUAACACAUUUAAACGUACAUAAAUUUCUCUUCUCUCCAGGUCCCUCCUCUUUUGCUGAGAUCCACCUAAUAUUGUAAGAUCUUGGUGUGAUGCUUAUGUUUUGAGCUGAUCGUCAAGGUCUCUGCCUGUACUAUAAGCCACCCAUCAGUGAUUGUGGGCAGCCAGUGCAAGUCUUCUGUAACAUCUCCCUACUUAGUCCAGUUCCUGCAAGUCUGCUGGAGCCAUGGCAGCCCUCGUGAGCACUAGUGUCCUGCACUCCUACCCAUCAGCCACAGUCCACAUUCUGGCAACACUAGCCAUCGAACAAAACCAUUUUGAACCUUUCUUGCCAUUUGGUUGCCUGGGGCCUGGGAAGUAUUUUUGGAUUCUGUUAAGGAAGAAAAUGAAAGAGAGAGAAAAGUAUAUAUUGCGUCCACUACCAGUCCAGACUUCCAUCUAUCUGUUCUCCUCAACUUAAAGAUGAUUCCUUUUCUAGAAGUCUGUUCUUCCUUUAUAGAUUCUUAAUGCACUGCCCCUCCUAGCACACCCUAGAUACUGCCCCAGCCAGGGAAGAGCUUACCCUAGUAAAGUCGGAGUAGUGGUACCCAGUUUUCAGAGAAAUGCUCCUUAUAUCCUUCUGUGAUUUCCUCUAGAGCUGAUAAGAACAAAAUACGGAAUCCACCAAGUACCUGUAACCACCUUAUGAUCCCUGCCUUCCUCUGGUGUUAGCACUAGAAGGGCAGGGAGUCAUAUUUAUCUAAACACAGUAUGGAUGCAAUUAUACUACAACUCAGUUUGCACGGUGAACAGACUAGAUUCCUGUAGAAGGUUUCUUAAGGAGCUCCUGUCAGAGAAGGAAGCUUUAAGAACCAGUGUGUUCACCUCUUCAAACCUGGACAUGAGCCCAAGAUUAUAAAACCUGCUGAAUGAUAGAGCAUAGAAUUUUUUUUUUUUUAUAUUUGUAUUAGGGGAGCAUAAGCUAGAGGAUUAACACUCUUUGCAGUACUAGACAUUUGCCUCCCUUAGCAGCAAAACACAGGUACAGAGCCAAAAGCAGGCAGGUAGUGACUUCAUCAGGAGACAGAGAUAAUGUUAUAAACCAAAGUGAUGCUAUCAUAUCCUGACAGUGUUCUUCAAUGAAUGCCUGGCUUUCAUAACCUUAUCUCAGCAGCUGCAGGAAUGGAUGGCUGCACAGCUGGAGCUGUCGUCACCCCCUGCCUUCCCUCUCUACCCUCCUCCAACUUCUCAGUCCUGCUCUACCUUCUAAAGAAGAGGCGAGAAAAUAAACCCACAACUCUGGCUCCUCUUACUUGUCCCCUCAUUCCCAGGGCCUCUGUGGCCCCUACAACACUUUCCUUUGAGUGGGUUUCUUUUGUUCAUUUACAAUCCUGAAAUGAGGAUUUUCCUUUUCUUCCUGUAAAUCAUUUUCUGUGGUCUUCAACUUUCUAGUUGAAAAUCUGGGUGGCUUUUAUGUAGAACUGCAUACUUGGACAUGAAACUGAUUUCUCCUAGUUAGGGAAGUAAGAUUCCAGUCAACUUCUGCAGCUGUUGCUAGUAGUAGUUAGAAUGGCAAUUGUGGAACUCUUUCGUGAUUUUUAGUCCCUGACCCACGUAUAUUGUCCUUUGAGUCCCAGACUAACCAAAGCACCUAAGCUUUGGAGUCAGACUAUCGGAACCAUCAAGAGAUGACAUAAUGAACAUCUCAUAGCAACAUUUAGGGUGCUAUUUAAUACAUUCAGGAUUGGUGGAGCAGAUAAUGGAGUCCUAGUUGCACAGUGGUUAAGAGCUUGGCUGCUAACCAAAAGGUCGACGGUUCGAAUCCACCAGCCACUGCUUGGAAACCCUAUGGGGCAGUUCUACUCUGUCCUGGAGGGUUGCUAUGAGUCAGAAUUGACUCUACAGCAACAGGUUUUGUUUGGUGGUUUAGAGCAGAUAAUUAUGCACCAUGCACGGAUCUCAUUCAUUCCUAGCCAUGCCACGGACACACCCCACUUUUCCUCCAGGUCUAAGUAUAAUAAAUACUCCAUGUAUACACCUAGUUCUCCUGAUGAAAAUCUUAAUUUAAAAAUAAAAUUCUUCAAGUGUUACCUCUGGAGUUUUUUCCCUCUGAAUUAAAGUUGAAGAGAUAUGAGUGGGUCAGUAACUAUCGCAACUAAAUGGAGGAAGCAUACCUGGGUAGCCUCGGCUGCAUGUUUUUAUGUAUUUGUUUUCCAGAAUUGCUGUUUUUUUUCCCCUGAUCAGAAAAUUGGGACCAUGUCUUUUAUUUGAAAGACAGCAGUAAAAAUACUGGAGUUAAGAACUCUCCUCUUCCGGUAGUCAUAAUAUACAAGCUUGGAAGGUGCUUCCGGUUAUGUGUGUGUCUUCUUUCAAAACAGUACUUUCUCAUUAAUUUUUACAAGAACAGAAAGGAAGCAACCCUCACCAUAGACAUUCUUUCUUAAUUGAGAUUCAGAUCCAUGAAACAAGUUAAAUCUCCAGAUAAAGACAUGAGAAACUCAUUACAAUAGAAAAACUGAGCUUUGUUAAUAUUUUUCCAAAUGUAUGUAAGCAACACCCACCAGCUUCUGUAAUAAUACAAAGAUCACACAGAGGAAGUGUGAGUGCUGCCUGUCCCCUCCCAUGCCCAUGUCAGAGGUCACGACUAGAGCACAAUCCAGCCAUGGCCUCAGAGUCUUUCUUCACAGCGUUUCAGAUAACUGUGCCCAGUAAAACAGAGUGGGACGUUCAGUUAAACCUUGUCUGCCAUUCCUCAACUAGUACUUGAUGAUACAUAACCUAUUUGUGUAUGUGUUAGAAGCUAAGUGAGGGCCUGCAGAUAGAUGGUGGCAGCAUAAAGGACCCUGUUGGAUGGGGCUUUUAGGGGAUGGUUAAUGUUUUUACUUUUUAGUUUCCUGAGGUGGGACCUCAAGCUGAGAGGGCAUUUGCCUGGGCAAAUGUACAUUAAGUGUUCAACGCUCCUAGAGGAAUGACAAGGUAGAUGUGUUAUUAAACCCUAACGUCAGAGCAGAAUUCCGUUGUCACAAACAACUAACUGGGUUCUCCUGGUUACUCUUCUUGUCUCUGCCUGGGGAUCACUGACAAACUUUGGGAGAGCAGCAGUAUUGUUGGAAAUCAAGGUUUUUGGAAUGUGCUUCACAAGAUCUUAGAAAACUGCAACUCUUGUUAGCUCUUAUGAAUGGGUUUGUAUGACUUUUGUGCAAUUACAUAAGUUCAGUUUGGACAAAACGCUGUUACUUUUUAAGGCCCUAUCCACUGAGAAUAGAUAUGUCAUUCCCCAACAAGAGAAAGUCAUUUGUUACUGUCAUUUUAAAAAUAAACUAAAACAAUAUAGAAGCAUAUGUCCCAUGUGUGUCUUAUUUUAGAAUCUAGAGUUUACAGGUUUAAAUGUGAGAACAUUGUAUUUUAUAAAAUAUUUUAUUUUACAAAGUAUUUGUUAAUCACUGUCACAGAAUCAUUACAGCAAACUUGAAGUGAUCUUGUCAGUCUUAGAGGGGAAAAAACAAUGGGUUCUACGUAGGCCCAGCCUGUUAAAAGAUUGACUCUUCACAAAACUGACCCAUAGGUCUCCAGAAAACCACUGUAGCACUCAAGACUAAACUAGAGCCAUGAAUUUUAUAAAGGCUGGGUUGUGUGGGGAAGUAGAAUCAAUUUGCGAAGUUAUGUAAAUAGGUGAGCUUUCUCACUCAGUAAGCCAUAUAAAGGAUCUUCAGUGUAGCCAUCUUUCCCUACUAGGAAUCCUCUGUAGAGUCUGAGGUUCUCUCCAAGGCAUGCUUCCCAACACUUCAUAUCCUGGCGCACAUCACAAGAUUC